AUUGUGUAACUGACAAGUUGAUGCGGUUGGGGGAAUUUUUCAUUGAUAGAAGAUCAGAGAGAAGUCAUUCAUUGUGCAUGUGUAUGUGACGUGGAUCACUACCCUUUACUAGUACACCUGGAUUGACUUAUUCAAGAGCUAAUACAAUGGCAGAGUUCGGUGCUCCCCCCUCGUAUGAUGAUGUGGUACCUUCGGCCCCAGAGGGCUCUCUAAAGCCGACCGCCCCACCUCUAGCCCACGUUGCAGCAGCGGAGGGAAACCAACCACUACCAUCACACUACAAUGAAACACACACCCCCACCACAACCCCAGCUGGUCAGAGACGCAGAUCUGCCCCCACACAAACCGAACCUUCUCGAAGAGAGGAGCUUGUUGAGCGUUACAUCAGCUACAGUAUAGCCCAUCACCUGCGCAAGUACAUUGAGCCCAAGAGUGAGCAGCAGGACCCAGAGUUAGAUGUGGAGGCUCAGUUUGGUCGCAGUGCUGUGAGGUCGGCCCAGUUAAUCAUUGAGAAGAAGAGAUUACUUCAAUGCAUCAGUGGAUGGCUGUGGUGCAUUGGAGUGAUACUGGCACUGGUGUACAUUGCACUGCCUAUAGCCAUGAUCACUGUGGGUGCUGUCGGUAUCAGAAACUGUCCCUUUCGUACCAACACCAUUAUCAUCUACCUGAUUGGUGGUGGUGUCAUGCUGGCUGUCACGGUGAUAUUGAGGGGAGCCCCCUCGAUCAUGACCUGUAUCAGAAACAGGAAUUACUUCUCCACGAAAGAGACGAGUUCGUGUGGCGAGUGCAUAUGUGCCAUAGAGACUAUAUUCUACAUUGUGGCGGUUAUCAAUUUCAUUGUUCUCAUUCUUGGAACAUACACCACUUUUGUUGAGCCCAAACCUGAUAGUUGCUCUGCGUCCUCGUCGCCUGCACCAAACUGUUGUGAUUCGUAUGUGUACGUGACUAGUGCCAUCUUCAGUACUUUUCAGUAUUUGCUGUAUGCCUCCACUGGCCUGUUUGUAUGUAUUUCCUGGAGCUGUAUUAAGCGUAUGGACGAUCAAAUGAAUCCCUAAUCUUUUAUUCAAUGCAGACUGAUUUUUUUUUCAAUUGAACGCUGUCAUGCACUUUAAUUUGAUGUAAUCAUGUAGAGGAAGUUGAACAAAUUUCACGUUAUAAUUA